GAGCUCUGGGGAUGGAGUCACAUGCAGUUUGGUCAGUGAAAGAGCACUCUGCAAACUCUAACAUCUUCCUCAAAAGUUUCAUAGCUGGUGGACCAUGGAGCUUCUUGUAAAUGUAAGAAAAUGGAUAGAAGAAAACAAAGCUGCCUUUUUGCCACCUGUGUGCAAUAAACUUAUGCAUCGCUAUCAAUUGAAUGUGAUGUUUGUUGGGGGGCCAAAUGAAAGGAAAGAUUAUCAUAUUGAAGAAGGAGAAGAGUUAUUUUACCAAGUGAAAGGAGAUAUGUGUUUGAAGAUAAUUGAAAACGGGAACCACAGAGACAUUGUCAUCCGAGAAGGGGAGAUGUUUCUCCUACCUGCUAGGAUACCUCAUUCUCCUCAGCGAUACGCAAACACUGUGGGUCUUGUGAUUGAGAGAGAAAGAUUAAAGACAGAAAUUGAUGGGCUCAGAUACUAUGUUGCAGAAUCAACAAAUGUCCUCUUUGAAAAAUGGUUUCACUGUGAAGAUCUCGGCACUCAACUUACACCAAUAAUUCAAGAGUUUUUCAAUUCAAGACAAUAUCAAACUGGAAAACCAAAUCCAGAUGAACUGCUGAAAGAAACACCCUUCCCACUAAAUUCCACUUCUGUUAUGGAGCCAUUUUCCUUCCAAAGCUGGUUAAAUGUUCAUCAUGGAGAAAUAAAGCAGAAGCAAUCCUUAAGUGUGUUUGGAGACACCUUUGAAACAGAGGCUAUAGCUUACGGACCAGGAAUAACUGAAAAAAGCAAAAAGAAUUCAGAUAUCUGGAUAUGGCAGCUGGAGGGCACAUCUACUGUUACCAUGGACAGUAAAACCCUGACUCUAACUGCUGGUGACAGCCUGCUUGUCCGUGCCCAGUCUAUGUACUGCUGGAAGAGAACAGAAGGAUGUGUGGCUUUUUAUGUUGCUCAGGAUCCAAAACGCAAGCAACCUUAUACCUAGCUGUUGUACCAGUUGAGUUUGGUGAUAAAGAAGUUGUAGGCUACUUGGCUGAUCUUAAUGAUCAGUCAGACUGCAUGGAAUUUGAACAAUUUAACAAAAUGAUUACACUAGAAUUAAGCAGAAUCAAGCACUGUGCCCAAUUAAAACAACAACAAGAAAAGUAGUUUAAGCUUCAGCAAAAUCUACAACUAGUUAUUUUAUAAAAACAAAACAAGUUAUCCAAAAACAAGUGAACAAUGGAUCCAAGUAACAGGAGUUUAUAUAUAUAUAUACACCCACACAGAAUAAUAUACAUGAUCCUAUCUAGAAUAAAUUAAAGGGUCCUUUCAAAUGCAAGCCUCUGCUGCAGGAUGAAGAAAAGGAAGUAGGAGUAAUAUUGUUUUCCUAGAUUAUAUUUUAGCUACACCACAAGACUUAAGAUAAGGAACUCUGGAUUCUAGGCACAUUGCAUCUCUGGUGCCUUUUGUAAACUGGUCUUCACUUCUUUGUCUCAGUUUUGUCAUGUAUAAUAAACUAGGCAUAACAUUAGUUACCCGGUCCAUGGCUGGUGGGAUUUUAAUUGCAGUAGUUCCCAGAACUUCUGAGAUCUAGAUUGAUUUUUUACACACACACACACACACACACACACACAUAUAUAUUUAUAAAAGCACACUGCUUGAGGAUCUGAACCAUUUUUGUGGAAGGGGAGAUUGAGGGGGAGGAAGGAAGGGGUGUUAGUGAAGGGGCAAGAGGUAGCUGCCAUAACAGCAAGCAUUACUUAGAUCAUCACUGUACUUACUCCAGGUGCCUUGGUACUGGGUUACCAAAUCUGGCAACAUAAUGACACUGGCAGUUAUCAGUAACACACCACACAUACCGUGCUGCAUGCCAUCUGUGUGGUAUCCUAACCUCAUGUAUUGUGACUCAACACAAGCAUUCUGGUCAUGGUUUUCCAGCUGCAGAAAUUUCAUUUCAAAGUAGCCUAAGAAGCAUAUUGGGGGACAAGAGAGAAAAACAAUGCAAAAUAAUCAGUUUCUACUAACUAUUGCUUCUUUCUGAAGGAACAGAUGAGAUUUCUUCAUUGCACUUUAAUGUGUGAAUGUAAUGUGAAAGCAGGGUGUAUAAUUAGCUUUUCCUGCUUUUCUUCCAGGAACUUUCCAGGGUUUUUACAUAUUGUCCUUCAUAAGUUUUUACCAUUGGAUAACAGGUUGCUUAAAUAUUUCCAAGUGUUACCAAUUACAUGUUUAAAAAAGCAAAUAAUUACCAUUAUUUGAUUUCUUGUAACUAUAACAUACAUUUAAAAAAUAUUUUUAAAUACAUCCAUCACCUACAAAACUUAUUAAACUAAGAUGUCAUAUGUGUUUUAUUCAAGUUUUCAUUCUUCUGGUGAGAAAGACUCAGAUGGGUUGGCUUUAAUCUAUACCUUACAUUCAGGUUCAAUAGUGAAGCUUUUCCAGUAAAGCAUAUGGCAGCCCUUUACUACACCUCCCUAAUAACAGGGGACCUAAUAUGAAAAAUUGAGCCCAGUCCUUAGGGAAUUAUGGAUGUGCAUAUGAAAAGGUCUCUUGCACAAGGGAAUCGUUUAUAGGAUAUUGGUGUGCCUGAGUGUCUAUGGAAAUGCCUGCUCCCUGAGUGAACAUUAGAGUUAAGGGAUCUAGGGGAAGAAAAAGUUAAAUCUGUAGUCCACUGGUUAGGAAGCAACUUGCUAGAGUGCUAGCUCUGGGUUUACUUCAUCUCACAGAAUUGUUUCUGUAUUUCAUACUGAAUAAGCAGAUAAAAUAUAACAACAAGUAGAACAAUGUCUGGAUUAAUCAAUGGCUCUUCACACAUUUAGAGGCACUAUGAGCCAUGGAAGUUUUAAAUUAAAAAUUAAUUUACCUAUGGAUUACUAAUAUUUCUCAAUUUUAAAAGUAGAUGACUUCAGAAUUUAAAAUAUAGGCUUCCCUCAAGCUAUAUUUGUUAUGGGUAUGACUUUUUCUAAGGUCUCCUGCUUAAACACCUGAAUUCUAUCCAACUCCAGCUCUAGAUGCCUAGAAGCAGAACAAACUGGAUCUACAGCCUUAAACCAGAGCUAUCUGUCACCUGCAGCCCUGCUGCUUCCAAUACUCACAACCCACAGCUGAGCAGAUAGUGGGUUAGCUUCUUUUGAGGAGUUGCUGUCACAAAAAAAAAAAAGAUAAAAUAAAAAUAAAAGUCAGGUAAGGGAGGCCCAGUCCCAUAAACACACCCGAAGUGAGGAUCAAAAUAGCACAGGCAGGCUUGUAGAAAGGCCUAGAUAUUAACGUACAGCCCAGCAGAAACCAUCUCACCCACUCGAACCUGUGGUCUGACAACUGGAGUACUUUCUACUGGUUUGAACCUCCUUCCAGUUGGAGAGGGACUUGAAAUCAGGUUGCCCACUGCUGAGUGGGCACAGAUGGGCUGGAGCACUAAUGCCUUCUUUUAGAGAGGAACUGGACUCAGUACUCUCAAAAGCCAGCUGAAAGUACUCACUCUGGACCCUGAAACCAGUUCCAACUAUCAGGAAGCCAAACUAUAUAUUUCUAAGCUUAGAGAAACAGUAUUAGAUUAAACUCCACAUUUCCUUUCAGCUAUCUCCAGGGGGCUCCUGAUCAGUCAGGAGAUCUUUUCAGGUGCUUUAGACUUUCUCUGUAUUAUUUAUGAAGUUCCAAACAUGGGACAUUACAUUAGGUGCCGAAAAAGCCCUGCUCCUCUGCCUGUGAGGAAGCUGGCCAGAUGCAAGCUGGCUCCCUGGAGUCCUUUUAGCUGUUAGGUGCUGUUUACUGUGUACAUGUGGUCAGCUGAAGUCUACUUUGUCACCAAAGUCUGUGGGACUACGGUCUGGCACUCCAGUGCUAACCUCAACUCAGAGAAGGAUUUUAGGCACCAGCCAGUGGCAAAGGCUGAGUUAGGCACAUUGUCUACAAAGGGCCUUAAUGCAUUCCUGCUGACAAGCUGUUUUGUGCAUUCAUGUCCAUGACAACACACCAACACAGAAACCAAACCAGGUCCUAUCUAUAUAGAUGACUAUUCUUCUAUACAGCUCUUAUAUAUAAGGUGCACUUGCACCCCAAUUUGGACACUCAUUUUCCAUCUGAAUCAUACGGGUAUUGUGUUACCUCACAUUUAAUAAACUUGUCUUUGUUAUUGCCUUUUAGCAGGAUUGUACUGUCCUCGCUAGUACAUUCUUGCAUAGACAGUCAACCUAUUUGCCACAGUGUCUCAAACACUCCCAGCAAAGUCUUUCUAUAUAUACACACACACAUUUUAACCAGUGUUCCAAUAAAGCCUACACAGACCCGAAACCAAACAGGAACAUUAAGUAUCAAGAGAACCCGAGGCUGUUCAGUACCUUAAUGCCCCCCAAAAAUAGCAAAGAAAGUUGAUCAAUUUAAAAAAAUGUUUGAGCCUGGUGAAAAAACUGGUAAGUCUUAUAAAGGGAAAAGGUAAAGUACUCUAUGUUUUUUAGUAAUUGAUAUAUUUGAAUUUCUAUUAUAAUAUUUAAAUGCAUGAGUAAUAUCAAAGUUAUUAUAGUACUAAAAAAAAAAAAAAAUACACACACAAAAACAGUGACCUGUAGCUUUCAGUCAGUUUCUCAGUUCAUGUAAAUUAGUUCAAUUAAUUUCAAUCUGUUUUGUUAAUUCGCAUCUCUUAUUGCCACUAGCCCAGAUGGGUCUGAGCACUUCUCAUGGUCUUAUGCUGAGCCAUGAUGACUUACACCAGUUCUUCAAAUAAGUCUUAAUGCAGUCUCACUGCACUCCUCCUUAGUAAGUGUCCCAUGUUUUAACAUUUAUUAAAAUAUGUUGAUUAGCAAGAUUCUGUUACAUUCAGGACCAGUUCAUAACAAUUAGUGUUGCUAAAAGUAAUCAUGACACUAAAAAAAGGUAAUCCUAGCACAGUAAGCAAAGCUCAAGUCUUCACCAGCUACUCCUAAUCUAUUUGAAUAAGACCUACAAAAAGCAGCUUUAAGUAAAACACACAUUUGUGGUUGAGUGAACUACAGAAGGAAAAUAGUGACCCUUUACAGAUCAUGUGGUAAACACAUCAAAGACCAAUAACAGAGCUUUAUUUUUUUAAGAAAAACUGGAUAAUCAACACAAAAAAACAACUCAAGCAAGAUAAUGAUCUAAUACUAGCUAUAUUUCAUGUUGCAGUGUGUAAAUUGACAGCUUGCAAAAGUCAAGAGAGGAACUUGUCUUCCUCCAUGCUUGCUUUAUUUUUUGCAUCUUACUUGUUCUUUUGAAGAAACAAGCCCUCCCAGAGGCAGAAGAUCAAACUGAGUGGAUGAGUAAACUGACCAGGUGUGUUGUAGUAAACUCUUUCCUCAAAUCCCUGGCAAAAAGUUUACAGGUCACACCUGUAAACUGAACCAUCUCAUUCCUGUUGUGUGAUGAUAAUAAAUAUUUUCAUUCUA